GGGAGGAGCCGGACCCGGAGCGGCGGCUCCGGCGGUCGUGGCGGUCGGAGGUCCGAGAGCACUGCUCCUCCCGAGAGCGCGCGGGUGUCCUGACUGUUUCAGGCCAGCCACGAGCCAGCAGGAAAGGAUUUCCAGCCAGAGAAAGACGACAUCUGCAGUCCCAAUGCACAGAUUAGCCCCCAGUCAAACCAAGAGGAGCAGAUCGCCAUUUUCCACCAGUCGCCGUUGUUGGAACGGCAGUGAGAACUCGGGAACCAGCCUGAAUGUUGAUAAUGAGGACUACUCCAGGUACCCGCCAAGAGAGUACAGGGGUCUGGGUAGCAGAAGAGGAAUGGCUUAUGGACAUAUUGACUCUUUCGGGGCAGAUGAUAGCGAGGAGGAGGGGGCUGGGCCUGUGGAGCGCGUGCCAGUGAGAGGGAAAACGGGCAAAUUUAAAGAUGACAAGCUGUAUGACCCAGAGAAAGGGGCUAGGUCUGUGGUCGGGGUGCCUCCCCAGUUCUCUAGUUUUAACUGCGAUGUGAAAGAGGAGCUUGACAAGCUAGACCCAGCCCCUGCAGCCAGACGUUCUGCUGGCAGGGCUGAGUUCCUGCAGCAAAAGAGCAUGGCUCCUCAGACCUCUGCUUCUGACAGCAAGGUGGCUACAAAGGGCGACAGCCUGGAGAGGGAGAGACGGGAGCAGCAUUUACCUGCGUGUCCCAGCAGGGCUCCUGUGAGUAUAUGUGGUGGUGGGGAAAACACCCCAAAGGGUGCAGAGGAACCAGUGGUGAGGCCCAAAAUCCGAAAUCUGGCCAGUCCAAACUGCGCGAAACCAAAAAUAUUUUUUGAUACUGAUGAUGAUGAUGAUAUGCCACAUAGUACUUCCAGGUGGCGGGACACUGCCAGCGCUGGGGAGCGCCGCUCGGGUGGCCUGGCACGGAGAGGCAGAGGGGAGAGUUCAGGCGGCUACUCGGAGCCGAAGUACCCCGAGGACAAGCGGGAAGCCAGGAACGACCACGUGAAGCCAGAAAAGGUGCCCAGACGGCCAUGGACCACGGCCGACCGUGACUUCUGGACAUUCAGCGAUGACUACUACAAAUACUGCGAUGAAGACUCUGACAGCGACAAAGAGUGGACUGCCACUUUGCGUCGCAGGUAUCGAGGUUGGGAGAAAAACCUGUUCCCCGGUGCAGAGAACUGGGAGACUCUGCCAGGGAAAGAAGAGCGUGAACCUGAGCCAGCCAGAGGGAAUGCCAGAGGCAGUGCCAGAGGGAAUGCCAAUGCCAGCCCCAGUGCUAGUGCCAUCGCAGGCAGCGGAGAGCGCACUGAGCUUGAAGAAGUUCGAGGACCGGCUCUUCAGGAAGCGGAGCGGGCAUCGCCGGAAGAAGAAGCCCCUUGGUCUGGGUACAAUGACAACGAGAGCAGCAGUGAGGGGGAUAAUGAUUCUGGUCAGGAGUUGCUGCAGCCUGGGGUCUUCAUGCUGGAUGGCAACAACAACCUGGAAGACGACUCCAGCGUGAGCGAAGACCUGGAAGUGGAUUGGAGCCUCUUUGAUGGCUUUGCAGAUGGGCUGGGGGUGGCCGAAGCCAUCUCCUACGUGGAUCCCCAGUUCCUCACAUACAUGGCACUUGAAGAACGCCUGGCCCAGGCGAUGGAAACGGCCCUUGCACACUUGGAGUCUCUCGCGGUGGAUGUGGAGGUGGCCAAUCCACCAGCGAGCAAGGAGAGCAUCGACAGCCUUCCUGAGAUCCUGGUCACUGAAGACCACGGCGCAGUGGGCCAAGAAAUGUGUUGCCCCAUAUGUUGCAGUGAAUACGUGAAAGGGGAGGUGGCAACCGAGCUGCCAUGCCACCACUACUUCCACAAGCCCUGCGUGUCCAUCUGGCUCCAGAAGUCGGGCACCUGCCCUGUGUGCCGCUGCAUGUUCCCUCCCCCACUCUAAGACCCGGGUUCUUGCCUCCUGGUCUCCCAGAUUUUCCCCAUCUGCAAUCCACAAUACUGCAGGAGCCCUCUCCAAACUAACCAUUGAAAUGAAACCAAUCAGCCCACUAAUCUACUACACCCGUUGAUUUCUUGUGAUCAUUUCCAGUGUGAAGCAGUUGUGUGCAAUGGCAUUAAAAAUCAUAGUGUGUUUUAGAGGUUAGAAAGGCAAAACUAAACUUUCUAAAUGCUACCUGAGAUUGCAAUAAGAACAUUACAUUUUCUAACCUGAAUAUUGAAAUCAGUGGCAUUUGUUUCUGCAGGAGAAUAUGUCCCUGUUAAUCAUAUCGCGUUCAUCUGUUAAAUAUGUCCAAAAGGCAUCACCAUUUCUGUUGCAUGUUGUGGGUUAACGUUCCUGUAAUUGCAAUGCCGUAAAAGCUUAUUAAAGUUCUUCUGGUUUUA